CGGCUUUUGGAGAGUGCAGCUGUGUUUUGGUUUUUCAUUUCGACUAGUUGGCAUACGAAAUUAUUAUUAUCGUACACACAAGUGUGUGUAUAGACUUCUCAAUUAGACAAAUUCAAAUAAUAAUAGCACAGACACACACAGUAAACAUGCCAAAGGGCGUUGAUAAAGUGAAAGUGAAUGUAAAAGAACGAGUCGAGGAUGAGCACUGCGAUCUUAGUUUAUCGGAGCUUACCGAGAUCCCAGUCCGUGAAAUUGCUUCGUUCAAACGCGUUACCUUCCUGGAUCUCUCCAGCAAUCGUCUGGUCACACUUGGUCGCAACUUUACCACACUCACACGGCUGGUUAAACUUGAUCUGAGCAAGAAUCAAAUACGCAUGCUGCCGGAUGAUUUUGGCCAGUUGGAGCAUCUGCGUCAUUUGGACUUGUAUAACAACAGCUUGGAGCAUUUGCCCUUGAGUUUUGGGCGCUUGAGUCGCUUGCGGUAUUUGGACUUGAAGGGCAAUCCUUUGACACCCGCCUGGGAGAAAAUUGUGGGUCGCUGCUCCACGCUUAAGGACUGCCAACAGGCGGCCAAGAAUACUGUCAACGUUUGUGUUAACUUCAAGUCCGAAUUUCUUGAACGUGAACGUCUCGCCGCUGCGCAGGAACGUCAACAAAUGGCCGGAGCCGGCGAUGGUGAUGGCAGCACCAGCUCCAACCACAGCACAGCCAAAGCUAAUGGCGGUGGUGGUGGAGAGGUCAACAACAAGAAGUCGAGCAAGGCAAACAAAAAAUCCAAGGCAAAAAAACCGGGCGCUGUCAACGAAAACGAGUUGAGCAUCAAACCCAUACACGCUGCUGCUGUCGCCACCAAGACCACAAAUCAAAAGCACAAUCAAAAGAAGAAAUCGUCGACAACGCAGGGCGGCAAUUGGUUUGCAACGCUCUCGGGAGUAGCUUUUUCCUCGCUGAUGACCUUUAUGCUGUUGUUUAUGGUCAAUGUGCUCAUCAUCUAUAUGAUCAUGUUUAAGAAUCCUGAAAUUGCGGACAAACUGGUCGAGUAUAUACCGCAUCAGUAUCGCGAUUGGAUCUUGACCAAAACGGAAAUCUUUCGAUUGCGUGUCACCGAUUGGAUCUCGGAGUUUCGUACACCGCCAGAGGAGCACUGACGAUUCAUUUAUUUGAAGCCAUAGACGGCGCUCGGCUUCAAAUAAGUAACCCAAGACUCGAACCUCGGAUGCGCGUGUGGAUGAGACAUUUGAAAUAUGUAACUUUGAUAUAACCCCCAAAAACCCCCCCAAAAAAAUGAAACGAAAAGAAAGAAAACGAAUUGUACUGCCAUACUAUAUAUUGUAUGUAUAUAAAUUUAAGAACUUACGUCCAGGGGCAAGAAAUUUUUACCACAAGAACUACAAUCAAUCGAAACGCAACGCAACGCAACUCAUCGAAUCAAUCAACACAUCUUAACUAACAUAAACGUUACAAUAGAUCAAACUAUAACUCAAUAGUAACUGAAUUGCAGUUCCAAACUGACAAUAUACAUUCAUAACACACAAAUAGAAACUACAGACACAGUCAACGUGCUUCACACGCUCAAACAUACAACACAACUCUCAUAAAACUCAUCUCAAGUAAUAACAUAUAUACUACAUACAUAGGUUAGGUAUACUAAUAUUUAUUUGGUGUACCAUCGAAUAUCUCUGUAAUGAAUCACAUCACACACAAACGCAUUCUGUAAGAAUUUCUUGUGCAAUUUAUAAUCACAAUUUGUUUUUAUUGAA